AUGUGCCACAGUGUGUGCUGCUCCAGUGGAUGCUGCUCUGUUGUCAAGAGCAAGACAGUGUGCUGCAGCCCUUGUCAGAAGACAGUCUGCUGUGAUCCGUGUCAGAAGACAGUCUGCUGUGAACCAUGCCAGAAGACUGUCUGCUGUGAGAAGACUAUCUGCUGUGACCCGUGCCAGUCUUGCUGUGACCCAUGCCAAAAGCCCUGCUGUGACCCAUGCCAGACCUGCUGUGACCCAUGCCAGAAGCCUUGCUGUGACCCGUGCCAAACUUGCUGUGAUCCGUGCCAGAAGCCUUGCUGUGACCCAUGCCAGCAGUCUGUCUGCUGUGACCCUUGUCAGAAGCCUUGCUGUGACCCGUGCCAGACUUGCUGUGACCCGUGCCAAAAGCCUUGCUGUGACCCGUGCCAAACUUGCUGUGAUCCGUGCCAGAAGCCUUGCUGUGACCCGUGCCAGACUUGCUGUGACAUCUGCCAAAAGCCAUGCUGCAACCCAUGCCAGAAGCCAUGCUGUGACCCGUGCCAGACUUGCUGUGAUCCAUGCCAGAAGCCUUGCUGUGACCCAUGCCAGACCUGCUGUGACCCGUGCCAGAAGCCUUGCUGUGACCCGUGCCAAACUUGCUGUGAUCCGUGCCAGAAACCUUGCUGUGACCCAUGCCAGACCUGCUGUGACCCAUGCCAGAAGCCAUGCUGUGACCCAUGCCAGACCUGCUGUGAUCCAUGCCAGAAGCCUUGCUGUGACCCGUGCCAAACUUGCUGUGACCCAUGCCAGAAGCCUUGCUGUGACCCAUGCCAGACCUGCUGUGACCCAUGCCAGAAGACAGUCUGCUGUGAGAAGACAGUCUGCUGUGACCCAUGCCAAAAGCCAUGCUGUGACCCAUGCCAGACCUGCUGUGACCCAUGCCAAAAGCCUUGCUGUGACCCAUGCCAGACCUGCUGUGACCCAUGCCAGAAGACUGUCUGCUGCGAGAAGACUGUCUGCUGUGACCCGUGCCAGACUUGCUGCGACCCAUGCCAGAAGCCCUGCUGCUGUAGCCAGCAGUGCGUGCAGACCUGCUACCGCCCCUGCUGCUGUGGCCGUGUGUCCUGCUGCUCCUACGUGGUGAAGAAGAAGCCCGUCGUGGUGUGCUGCAGCCCCGUGCAGUACUGCUCCCCACUCAGGAAGUGCUGCGUGCCCAUCAAGCAGUGCUGCACCUCAGUCAAGAAGUGCUGCUAAACCUGCCCUGCACAGGACAAACAGCUCUGCCCACAACCAUCUCUGAUGUGCAAGAAGAACAGGCACAAGGGGAUGGAGACCUGACCUUGCUUCUGUUUUACAUGAUGUUGGAGUAUAUGCCUAGUGAUUUUCUUCUGCUUUCCAAAAUUUAGCUGUCAUCUUCCUUCUUUCAUUCUCUCUUUUAAUUACAAAGAUCUGCAAUGCACUUGGAUAUGUCACCCAUUGUACAUUGGAGAUCUUAUAUAUUCACUCUCUUCUUGGUGUAUGGGACAUGGGAAACAUUUGCUUUUAUUGUGGUCAUUCUGUAUUUUCUUUCCUGACUUGUAGACA